AUGGGCUUUACGGUGGAUCGGAGCAAGUUUGAUGGCGUUCUUGCGGAGCUUGUAGCUGAUGUUUUAGAGCAUUUUGCUUCGAACGGAGCACCUCAGGAAGUAAAGAACUAUGUUGAGAAGUGCUUCUACGAAAAUUCAACGAACGGCAAGAUGCUGCGCGGGCUUUCUGUUCCUCAAACCGGCUUGUCAAUCUUAGGUCGCCCUGUAACCGAGCAAGAGUAUCACGAUCUUUGUGUACUUGGAUGGCUGGUUGAAUUACUUCAAGCAUAUCUCUUGACGCAUGACGACAUCAUGGAUAAUUCAUCCACUCGCCGGGGCAAGCCGUGCUGGUAUCGACUACCAUCAGUCGGUAUGAAGGCAGUCAACGACGGUAGUCUACUUAGGUCGUCAAUAUUCUUCCUUCUCAAGCAACACUUCCAGACACACCCAGCGUAUUUAAGGAUAAUGGAGACCUUCCAUGAAGUCUCCUUCUUGUGUGAGAUCGGCCAAGAAUGCGAUGGUAUCGCUUCCGAACAACGCAGCAUUGAAAACUGGACCAUGGCAGAGUAUGAGAAAAUAUGCAACUUGAAGGCAGGGUAUUACACCUUCUACUUAUCAGUUUCGAUCGCUUUGCAAUAUCUCCAACUCGACACUCCCCUAAAUGUCCAACAAAUCCAAGAUAUCCUUAUACUGCUGGGCAGCUUUUACCAGUCCCAAAAUGACUAUCUUGAUAUUUUCGGUAACCACCGUCUGACAGGAAAGAUCGGCACAGAUAUACAAGAGAAUAAAUGCUCCUGGGUUAUUAUCCGGGCAUUGCAGAUGUGCUCAACAGAGCAACGGCAUGUCUUACUUGAAAAUUAUGGACAGUCGAGUCAUGAUUCUGCGUUGAAGUGUCAGCGGAUCUUUGAGGCUCUGCCUCUAAGAGAAUUAUAUAGGUCAGAGGAAACUCGUGUCUUUAGUGGGCUACAAGACAAGAUAGGCAGCUUAGAUGACAGUGAGGGCUUGAGAGGAGGCAUUUUUGACGUCCUUCUUGGCUGUGUUCGUGGAGUGACGAAGCAAGCACGGCCUUGA